UUCACCGACCUGAACUUGGCUGAAUUCGCAGGCUCUGGCCUCACCGCCCGAUGUUGCCUGUUGGAAGGAUACGACACCAAGAACACCAGGCAGGACAAUUCCAUCUUGAAGGUCACGAUUGGCAUGACCCUCUUAUCCGGAGACCCUUGUUUCAAAACCCCGCCCUCCACCGCCAAAUCCGUGGUCAUCCCAGCACAAGACUCGAGCCUGCAGCUCAACUGCAAAGGGGAGGGAAACAGCCGGACUGUGACCCCCAGCACCAACGCAGCAUCUUCGAUCGGUUCUGUCCGUCAGAACAAGCCCAGGGCCACCAUCCUGGGGUCAGGGGUUUUGGAAGAACCGGACCAGAACUUAUCAAGUCCAGAAGAAGUGUUUCAUUCUGGACACUCGCGAAAUUCAAGCUAUGCCAGCCAGCAAUCCAAAAUCUCUGGAUACAGCACCGAGCACUCCAGAUCGUCCAGCCUGUCGGACCUGACCCACCGCCGGAACACGUCCACCAGCAGCAGCGCCUCGGGAGGUCUCAGCAUGACGGUUGAAUGCCCGGAGGGCGAACGGGAACACAGGUUGGAGAAGCCCCCGAGACCCCCCAGACCCAACCUUUUGUCGGACAGAUCUUCUCGGAGGAAAAAGGAUUCUGUAGAAAGCCAUCCCACCUGGGUGGACGACACUCGGAUCGACGCAGGUGACAUCGUGGAGAAGAUCAUGCAAAGUCAGGAUUUCACCAACGUCAGCAACACUGAAGAUAGUAAUCUGAGGCUGUUUGUGAGCCGAGAUGGCACAACUACGCUAAGUGGGAUACAGCUAGCAAACAGAGUCUCGUCCGGAGUCUACGAGCCCGUGGUCAUUGAAACCCAUUAAAUGUGAACUAGAUGGGUACCCCAGAUGGGAACCUGUCCCAGCAGGUUGUCCUUUCCUCC